GAUCAUCACUAAAUAGAUAAUUUCGUUGAAUUUUUAGGCACUAGUGCGCGAAAGUAGAUAGUCAAUUGUACAAUUGAUGUUCCCGACGUUCGUGCUUUAUUGGGAAAACGCGAUUUAAACCAAGGAGUGCAAAAAACGUUUUGAGCGUGAGUGCUUUGGUUCCAUCAUUAAUAGCGCCCCUGUAUAGAACUCCAUAGCUGUAUAAGAGUCACUGAUCCUGAGCUGUUAACCUCAAAAUUUUAAAAUCUAUCGAUUCGCCCCUCGAAGCAAGAGUCAAAUCAUAUUUCCAUGCAUUUUUCCUGUUAUGUUAUGACGUAAUAUUCGUGAAUACAACAAUGAAAUCGUUCGUAGUUUUCCCCACAUAACGCAAUAAUCCACCUCCAAAGGCACUGGAAGGAGGUUACACCAAAUAUUUAAUGAAGGAAGAUGUGGGUCAACUUUCUCUAAGUUUCAUGUUUCUUAUUUUAGUUUUGGGGGAAACCUCCUUUCCUUUAAGCAAUGCAUUUAUCAAAACUUCCCCUGCAAUUUAUUCAUAAAAGUUUGCUACCACUCGGAGGGGUGUGUGCAAAUCGUAAUCAAUGUCAAACCCGCAAAAUUAGCACUGGCAAUGUGAAUCUUGCAAAAGUAGCCCAAUAUCAAAAACCUGACUGGAAUCGGGCCGUUACCGAGGCAGAGAAGAUUGUCGGCUAUCCAACUUCGUUUUUAAGCCUCAGGUGGCUGUUAAGUGACGAAAUCGCAAAUGUCGCAUUGCAUUUGAGGAAACUAGUAGGUUCGAAUCAUCCGCUACUUAAAACCGGCAAGAGCUUAUUAUACAAUGGCAAAAAUAAUAUGCAAGCUUGGGGGUUGAUUGUACUUCUUGUUUCGAAAGCCGCCGGCCAUGCUCCUGACCUUCCCGAUUUGGAGCAGGAUAAAGCUGCAGGGGUCCUACAUAGUCAGCGCGCUCUUGCGGAAGUGACAGAAAUGAUACGCACAAGCCAUUUGGCUCACAAAGGGUUGGUAAACUUGCAAGGGGACGAAACGAAAGAAGAUACAAGCGAUAUGAUGUUUGGUAAUAAAAUAGCGCUUCUAAUGGGAGACUAUUUACUUGGUAAUUGUUGCGCCGAAUUGGGUGUCUUACGCAACCAAGAAUUGGUAAGCCUGAUGAGUUCUGCCGUUCGAGAUUUGGCGGAGGCCGAAUUUGUGGGACCGCGCGAUAAGCAAAAUAAUCCGUUACCAGCGCGGCCUCUGCCGUACAUUGAGUACAAGCCGUUGAAUGAUGUCGGUUUGGAGCCUUUACUUGUAAGCGAGGCUUUGGGUAACGCACAGGCUGAGUGGACGUUACGGCACGUUUUAAGUGCCGGUAGUUUGUUGGGCAAGUCUUGUCAGGGAACUUUGAAAUUGGCCGGGCAUUCCUAUGAAGUUCAGGAACAGGGAUAUUUAUUCGGUAAACAUCUGGCAUUAGCGUGGCAGGCGUGUUUGGAUCGUGAGCCUUUCGCUCCUGGUAGCACGGAACCUUUUAGCCUUGUGUGCGCACCAGUUAUGUUUCAUUUACAGCAUGAUCCCAGUUUUUAUGAGGAGAUUGAGAAGGGUGAAAUUGACGUUCAUGAUGUGGACUAUGACAAAAUUCGCAAAGAAGUUUUGAACGGUCCCGGUUUGGAUCUUACACAGAAGUUGCAAAGGGAGCAUUCACAAGCUGCACUAGAUGUUUUAAAUCAAUUACCACCAUCUGACGCCCGGACAGCGUUGGGGAACAUUAUUGCAGCAAUACGUGAUAUUUAGACAAGUAUUGCUCAUAUUAAGACUUUUAUUUAUUGUUUUUUAUCUUUUGAUUUGAUGCUUUGUUUAUACUGCGCUGGUUUUGUCAGGAAACAAUGCACUACCCCUUCAGAUUUACAUUGAAGAAACUUUUAUUUUUUUCUGCUUUUCACUCUAGCAAAUGAAUGGCUUUUUUUAAUGCAUUAUUGCAUUAUUGCUUUAUAUUGAAAAUUUCUUUUUAUAUAUAAGAUUUUAGCAAUAUAGCUUUAUUUAACAAUUCUAUACAUAGAUUAUUAAGAGUGGUUGAGGGUUGUUGUUUUUACAUUACAAUGUUUAUCUUUGUUAUUUAAUUUUUUCUUAUAGGUAUACUGUUUUCUAUACGUUUUCUAUCUGCGUUAUACUAAAUUACAUGUACUAUUCUGCAUAGUAUUGACUUGUUUGUAUGAUUGUACAAAACAUUAAGAACCAACAACAAUUGUUUUUUUGUACUUUUGUAUUUUUUAUGAAAAUUAAAUAAUAUUUUUUCAG